UACAAGUAUCUAUUUCUAGAUGCUCCCUGUGUUUUCUUGUGCUUUUAUCACCCUCUUUUGUCUGCAAAAUGGUGGCGAUUAUGAAGAGGAAAAUUCGAAGGCCUUCUUCUUCUUCUUCUUCUCCUCUUGGUUCCGGUACAGGGAUGCUUUCUCUUCCUCCUCCAUUCUUGUCUUCAUCACAUAAUACAUUUCAUUCCAAACCCCUUCAUUUCAAUACCCUCGAUGAAGCCCUCUCCACGUUUAAUCGGAUGCUUCAUAAGCAACCUCCUCCCUCCACUGUUGAUUUUAAUCGACUUUUGACCUCCAUUGCUAAAACGAAACACCACUCGACCCUGCUUUCUCUUUCUCGCCAAAUGGAUUCUUUUGGAAUUCCCCCCGAUGUUUACACUCUCGCCAUCGUCAUUAACUCUCUCUGCCACUUGAAUCGGGUGGAUUUCGCUUUCUCCGCUUUAGCCAAAAUCCUCAAACUUGGCCAUCAACCCGACGCUACGACCUUCACCACUCUGAUUAGGGGGCUGUGUGUUGAGGGUAAAAUUGGUGAAGCCCUCCACUUGUUUGAUAAAAUGAUUGGGGAAGGUUUUCAGCCCAACGUAGUUACAUAUGGAACUCUGAUAAAUGGAUUAUGCAAAGUGGGUAACACUAGUGCAGCUAUCAGGUUACUUAGAAGCAUGGAACAAGGAAAUUGUCAGCCUAACGUAGUCGUCUUUAGCACCCUCAUUGAUAGCCUUUGUAAGGAUAGACAAGUAACCGAGGCUUUCAACAUUUUCUCUGAGAUGAUCACUAAAGGCAUUUCACCUAAUAUUGUUACUUACAACUCAUUAAUUCAUGGUCUAUGCAAGUUAUGUGAGUGGAAACAUGUGACAACACUGAUGAACGAAAUGGUAGAUAGCAAGAUAAUGCCAGAUGUAUUUACUCUUAAUACAGUGGUGGAUGCACUCUGUAAAGAAGGAAUGGUUGCUGAAGCACAUGAUGUAGUCGACAUGAUGAUUCACAGAGGUGUGGAGCCUAAUGUAGUCACCUACAAUGCAUUGAUGGAUGGACACUGUUUGCGAAAUGAAGUGGAUGUGGCGGUCAAAGUAUUUGAUACAAUGGUUCAUAAGGACUGUGUGGCUAAUGUAAUCAGCUAUAACACCUUGAUCAAUGGUUAUUGCAAGAUUCAAAGCGUAGAUAAGGCCAUGUAUCUCUUUGAAGAAAUGAGUCGACAAGAAUUGACUCCUAACACUGUGACUUACAACACCCUUAUACAUGGUUUAUGCCAUGUGGGAAGACUCCAGGAUGCAAUAUCACUUUUUCAUGAGAUGGUAGCUCGUGGCCAAAUUCCUGAUCUUGUCACUUAUCGCACUUUAUCGGACUAUCUAUGCAAAAAUCGUCAUCUUGAUAAAGCUAUGGCUUUGCUGAAAGCUAUUGAAGGAAGUAAUUGGGAUCCUGAUAUACAAAUUUAUACUACUAUCCUUGAUGGCAUGUGUAGGGCUGGUGAACUUGAAGAUGCAAGGGAUCUCUUUUCCAAUCUCUCCUCCAAAGGAUUGCAGCCUAAUGUUUGGACUUAUAAUAUUAUGAUCCAUGGGCUUUGUAAACAAGGGUUAUUAGCUGAGGCAAGUAAGUUAUUUAGUGAAAUGAAUAAGAAUGGCUGCUCACCAAAUGAUUGCACUUAUAAUUUGAUUACUCGAGGAUUUUUAAGGAAUAAUGAGGCAUUGAGAACUAUUGAACUUCUUGAAGAAAUGCUUGCAAGGGGAUUUUCUGUUGAUGUAUCCACAACCACAUUGUUAGUGGGAAUGUUAUCUGAUGAUGGAUUGGAUCAAUCUGUAAAGCAAAUUCUAUGCAAGUAUGUGCAGUAUUGUCCCUCACUGCUCUCCAUAGUAGUUGCUAUAGUAGGAAGUCUAUUGUGGAACAUGCCAAUUGACCUUGGUCUGGUUCAGGACUGUUUCUUAAGGAAGUUGGGCAACAUGUAUAAUGGAGAGGGGGGAGUGUGGAUUGUGAUUCUUUAUGAGAGGAACUUGGGAGAAACGCUUCUGUUUCAAUUCUGGAUGGAAGCACCUUCAGAAAAAUUGAUGGUGACAGAGUGUGAGGAACUGAGCAUGAAAUUGACUUUUCAUGAGGAGUUGCAGUGUGUGAAGUUAGGAGGAAAUCUCAAGCUGAAGAUGAAGAUGAUGAUGAUGACGAUGGUGAUAAGGCCUUCUUCUUCUUCUCGUCCUUCUGGUACACAGAUGCGUUCUCUUCCUCCUCUAUUCUUGUCUUCGUCACACAACAGCUUACAUUCCAGAUCCCCUCAUUUUAAUACCCUGGAUGAUGCCCUCUCUUCAUUUAAUCGAAUGCUUCAUAUGCAUCCUCCUCCCUCUACUGUUGAUUUCACUAAACUUUUAACCUCCAUCGCUAAAAUGAAACACUACUCCACUGUGCUUUCUCUUUCUACCCAAAUGGAUUCGUUUGGAAUUCCCCCGGAUGUUUACACUCUUAACAUCCUCAUCAACUCUUUCUGCCAUUUGCGUCGGUUGGGUUACGCUUUCUCUGUUUUAGCCAAACUCCUCAAACUUGGUUGUCAACCCGACAAUACAACCUUUAACACUCUGAUUAGGGGGCUCUGCGUUGAGGGUAAAAUCGGUGAAGCCCUCCACCUGUUUGAUAAAACGAUUGGGGAAGGUUUUCAACCCGAUGUAGUUACGUAUGGAACUCUGAUGAAUGGGUUAUGCAAAGUGGGCAACACUAGUGCCGCUAUCAGGUUACUUAGGAGCAUGGUACAAAAAAAUUGUCGGCCAAAUGUAAUUGCUUAUAACACCAUCAUUGAUAGCCUUUGUAAGGAUAGACAAGUAACGGAGGCUUUCAACCUUUUCUCUGAGAUGAUCACGAAAGGCAUUUCACCAGAUAUUUUUACUUACAACUCAUUAAUUCACGCUCUAUGUAAUUUAUGUGAGUGGAAACAUGUCACAACACUGCUUAAUGAAAUGGUAAACAGCAAGAUAAUGCCAAAUGUAGUUGUCUUUAGUACAGUGGUGGAUGCACUCUGUAAAGAAGGAAUGAUCGCCAUAGCACAUGAUGUGGUUGACAUGAUGAUUAAGAGAGGUGUGGAGCCUGAUGUAGUCACCUACACUGCAUUGAUGGAUGGACACUGUUUGCGAUCCGAAAUGGAUGAGGCCGUUAAAGUAUUUGAUACGAUGGUUCAUAAGGGCUGUGUGCCUAAUGUUCGUAGCUAUAAUAUCUUGAUCAAUGGAUAUUGUCAGAUUCAAAGAAUGGAUAAGGCCAUGGGUCUCUUAGAACAAAUGUCUCUGCAAGGAUUGAUAGCUGAUACCGUGACUUACAACACUCUUAUACAUGGCUUAUGCCAUGUGGGAAGACUCCAGCAUGCAAUAGCACUUUUUCAUGAGAUGGUAGCCAGUGGCCAAAUUCCAGAUUUGGUUACAUACCGUAUUUUACUGGACUAUCUAUGCAAAAAUCAUCACCUUGCAGAAGCAAUGGUUUUGUUGAAAGCUAUUGAAGGUAGUAAUUUGGAUGCCGAUAUAUUAGUUUAUAAUAUCGCCAUUGAUGGGAUGUGUAGAGCUGGUGAACUUGAAGCUGCAAGGGACCUAUUUUCCAAUCUCUCCUCCAAGGGUUUGCAGCCUGAUGUUCGGACGUAUAAUAUUAUGAUCCAUGGGCUUUGUAAAAGAGGUUUAUUAGAUGAGGCAAAUAAGUUAUUUAGGAAAAUGGAUGAGAAUGGUUGCUCGCGGGAUGGUUGCAUUUAUAAUACAAUUAUCCGAGGAUUUUUACGAAGUAAUGAGACAUUUGGAGCAACUCAACUUCUUCAAGAAAUGCUUGCAGAGGGAUUUUCUGCUGAUGUAUCCACUACGACCUUAAUAGUGGAAAUGUUAUCUGAUGAUGGAUUGGAUCAAUCUGUAAAACAAAUUCUACAUGGGUUUUUUAAGUAAAGAGUUAUGAUAUUCAUCAACUCCAAAUAUGGAAUUCUUGGAGUAUCCAACUCUUCAAAAGACUUUUGAUUGUAUCAACAAAUUUUUUGUAAGCAAAAGAGUUUAAUUUAUCAAAAAAUCAUGUUGCCAGAGAUUGAUCUAGUUUAUUCCAUUUCUGUUAUGUUUGAAAAAAUGUUUAUUUGCCAUGGGUGUCCUUCCAUGUGGAUUUUGUUUAAGGAAUGUUAAACUGAUUGUCUUGUAGAAAUGGUAUGAGCAAUGAUUCAUUGGUUACUA